AUCUUCAGGGUCUCUGUUAGUAUCAGUCCGACACACAGUCGCUUUUUGUUUCAGUUUCUGAUCUAUAAGCAUCAAACUUGACACAGUUUGACAGAAAGACAACUUGUUUUCCCUGCCUAACCGCUUGUAUUCGAGGAAUAGCUGGUUAUCGCUAUGCCGUCUGUGGCAUCUUGGGAAAUGUAGUGUAUCCUUUCGGAAGAUCAAUCUCAAACUAGCAAACAUAUUGACAGUAAUCAUUUAGUUAUUUUUUUAAAUAAAGUACUAAAACUGUAUUAAGUCUUCUCUAUCAGUAUUUCAAGUUAAUUUUACUUUGUGACAAGAAAGUGGAGCUUUUUUAUCUAAAAAAUAUAUAUAUAACUACAUCUCCCAUGAUUCUCUGCGUUCGAGCUGCCUGGUGCGGACGUGUUUGACAGUUAUUUAAAAAUGGGGUUUCGAAGUGACCGUUAAAUUCAGAUUUUCUGCCUAAAGGUCAUAGAUUCAGAAAUUAUUAUGAAUUUCGUAAUUUUUUCCGAAACAUUUAAACAUUAAUGUGUUUAUAAAAUAACAAAGCUACUAAACGAACAGCAGGACGUGUUAUACAUAAAGUCGCUUUACCAUAGAAUCGUAUUCAUUUUCGGUUCCGAGCAAAGAUCCUUCAGUUCGAAGCGUUUUGACAGCGGAGUGGAGCAUCUUGUCAAUAAACUAUCUUUGAAGCUAGCAGAGGGGCUACGGCUAACAGCAGGCAGCGGACCCGGGCAGCUGCGCUCCUGAUCCGGGAUGAUGCCAAGCGACAGUACCAUGACUUCCAUCGUCCAGAGAAUAGCCCGACAGGCUCUGGUCACCUUCAGGAACCCACCAGGACUCGGUGAGGAGAGCGGAAAGUCCUUCGUAGAGAACCACGGUAACCUGAAAAGCCUGAUGACGGAAGUCAGAGCGGCUGACCUGAAGCUCGUCCCGCGGAGAGCCGAGGACAGCGCGCCGCGGCCGAACCCGUACCACCACGGAGUGCCGCCGGUCACCUACAUGCACAUCUGCGAGACGGACCAGUUCAGCAUGGGGGUGUUCCUGCUGAAAAGCGGCGCCUCCAUCCCGCUGCACGACCACCCGGGCAUGCACGGCGUGCUCAAAGUCCUCUACGGGAAGGUCAGGAUCAGCUGCUUCGACCGGCUGGAGCGGCACGGCGGCGGGACGCAGGCGGCGCCGCCGCUGCCCCCGGCGCAGAUGGGCGCUCUGCGGCGCUCCGUGCUGCGGUCCUCCGCCGAAUACACGGAGGAGAGCGGGCCCUGCGUCCUCUCUCCGGAGCGGGACAACCUUCACCAGAUCGACGCCGUGGACGGGCCGACGGCGUUCAUGGAUAUUCUGGCCCCGCCGUAUGACCCGGACGACGGCAGGGACUGCCACUACUACCAGGUUCUCACCAAUUCGGAACCGAACUCCGCGGACGGGAAAGAGAAGGAGGUCUGGCUCAUGGAGAUCUCCCAGCCGCCUCACUUCUGGUGCGGAGGGGAGCCGUACCCCGGCCCGGAGGUGCACCUGUGAUCCGCCCGGACCGGACCGGGUUAAAUGGACCUGGCCCAGGUCCCGUACCGGGCUUCACGGACCUGGCCAGACUUAUUCUGGUACCACUUUAGAAUAAAGCUCCCCUUAUAGAUGGCUAAUAAAUAAUUUAGAGAUAUUAGAGAUGCAAAUCUUUCAGUGUUCAGAGAUUCAUUCCGAUUUUUAGAAUUCGAUUCAAAACGACUUUCGAUUAAAGCGGUCUAGAGAUUCUGUUUAAACUGUUCCUGACACGUCUGAUAAAAAUAUUUAUUUCAACAACUUUCUAAGGUCCCAUACUAUAUCAAAUCCAUCAGUUUAUAUUUAAACAUAAAUAUUUUUGUGCAUAAAAUUCUGUAACUUAAAUCUGCAGCAUUACGUUUUUCCUUAAGUCAAAACAAACAUGUCAAACAAUUAUUCAUAAUAUAAUUUUACAAUAAAUGAAGCGGACUGAAAAUGAUUUUUGAGCAUUUUGAGUUGAUUCAUUAUUGCGAUUCUCUACAGAAUCAUUUUUUCUCCACCUAGUAAACAUGUUACCAUUCAUCUAUUAACACUGAAUGAAUUAUUAGAAACUGUUAUUGUUUUAUUUAGGCUACAUGCUAAAUAAAACAUUUACAAAUGCUUAUUGUGCGAAGUAGUAUAAUAACUAGAUAAAAUAUACAGGCUCAACAAUAGUUUUUCUCCUUAUCUCCUUUAAUUAAUGGUUUAUAAAGUAUUUAGAUAGUAAUUAACAUAUCUAUGAAAUAUGUAUUAGCCAUCUGUAAAGAGGAGCCUCAUUGUAAAGUAGUUCCAUUGUUCUGACCCAAAUGAAACAUAAUUGUGACUCAGAAUGUGAGUUUUCCUGCAGGCAGUCAGUCAUUAAUCUGUGCAGACCUGACCUGUGAUCUGCUGCUCCAGAGCUGGACUUUAUGACACGCUUUAUGUUUUUAGUAAUAAUUAAACAACACACCCAGAGGAGACGUUUGCUGCUCUGUAACUGAACAUUUUCAGACCAGGAGAGAUGAAUUAAAAUCAGUUUUCUUUCCUGAUCUCAGCAGUUUGCGCUCUGAUUUAUCCGUCCAUCUGAUUCGUUUCGGCCUCCACUGCUGUUUAUUCCAGCGUUUGCAUGAAGGAAGCAGCUUUGAACCAAGUAAUCUCCAGGCUGCAGCCGCCGAAUCGUCUUCCUGCUUUCAGCCACAGAAAGAAAGCCCAGAUUUCUCCUCUCAUCUGGACUCUGUGGUUUUUAUCUCUGAGAUCCUCAGGGAACCUGGAUGUGAUGGUUGCUGCAUUAAAUCAAAACUUUGAGAUUCUGCUGGGGUUCUGGGUGGUUUUGUGGAUCUGUGCAGGUUAAAGCUGUCUGCGUGAUUCCAAAAUAAAGAUAAUCAACAUGG